CAUUAGACAUAAGAAAAUAUUAAUUUAAACCAGUCGUUAUUGCUCGUUAAUUUAAGAAGCUGCUUUAAGUUAUUAGCUAGGAAACCUCAGACAAAACAUCAGUUUGCGGUCGAGUAGAGGAGUUACAUGAAGUUGAUAAUUAGUUUUUGAAAUGUACAUUUUAUUGUUUGUGGUAGUGUUAUGUGGUGUGUGGGUAAUUUCCCGAAGAAAAGGUUUUAAGGGUAAUCUACCCCCGACUUACCCUGGAUGUUUGCCGAUCAUUGGUCACGCGCAUUUGUUGGUGGGAAAUGGGAAACGGUUAUGGAAUCUGCUUGAAGAUAUACAAAGGGAAUGCCUGAAGAAUGAUGGCGUUAUGCAUUUCAAAAUAGGACCCAUGUCAUACUACGCGAUCUGCGACCCCGAAGACUAUUUCACGGUGAUGGGUGCUUGUUUGGAAAAAAACUACUUUUAUCGGAAACUUUUGAGUGUCUGGGUGGGUGAUGGACUAGUCACUGCUCCAGUGACAGUUUGGAAGAAACACCAGAAGCUGCUGUAUCCAGCUUUUGGCCAGCAGGUGGUGGAUGGCUUCAUUGGGGUCUUCAACAGCCAAGCACGGACCCUCGUCAACAAUCUGGCAAGGCUUACAAACAUGGGGCCUUUUGAACAUUUGGAAUAUAUCGGGCGGGUUGCUUUAGAGGCGAAUUUAUUAACCGCAUUCGGUUUAGAGCUAAACGAAAAAAACAUCGAAAAAAUGGAAGUUUACAUGAGAUGUUUUGAUGAUAUACGGAGAAUUAUGAUCCAAAGAAUCCAAAAUGUUUGGAUGCAUAACAAUUUUGUGUACGGUUGGACUGAACUCAAGAAACGUCAGGAAAAAGCUUUGAAGACGCUUCAAACGAUGAAUGAUGAGAUAAUACAGCAAAAAAGAAGAGCAAUGAAACAUAGACUUGGUGCUGGACAAACAAAUAAAGUUGGUAAAAGAUUCAAAGGCUUCAUGGACCUAGUUUUGGAGCUGGUAGAAGAAGGGGUUCUCACCGAUCAGGAGAUCAGGGGCGAAGUGGAUACAAUGGUGCUGGCUGGAUAUGACACGUCGUCUACUACGGCGGCAUAUACGUGUGUUCUAUUGGGAUCCUAUCCUGAUGUCCAAGAGAAGGUGUAUGCUGAGUUGGAAGAGGUAUUCGGAAACUCAGAUAUAGACGUGGAGAAGCACGAUUUAUCUAAACUGGUCUACCUGGAUGCCGUCCUGAAAGAAGUGGGCAGACUGUACCCGGUCACACCAAUUAUACUGAGAUAUGUGGACAAGGACGUCAAACUUAGAAACUACACCAUGCCGGAGGGUAGCAACUGCGCUAUAUUCCUAAGCGGAGUCAGCCGACACAAGGUGUGGGGGGCGGAUAAAGACCAGUUCAGACCGGAGAGGUGGUUGGAAAAUACAGUACCAGAGAACUGUAAUGCUUACACUGGAUUCAGUACUGGACGACGAGCUUGCAUUGGAAGAUCCUAUGCACUGACGUUGAUGAAAAUCACCUUAGUUCAUAUCUUGCGCAACUACAGAAUAAAAGCCGACCAUAGACAACUGGUGUUGACACUCGAACUAUUCCUGAAGCCAGCCGAGGGUUGCAAGAUUUCUUUAGAACCGAGGCAAAUUAAAAGGGAAUAAUAAUUUAAAGUUAUUUAUUUAAUAAGUUUAAAGGCUAAAAAUAUGGGUAAAUUAUUUUUCCACUAAACGGGGAGCGUGGAAAUUGAUAUUUGUACACUUUUCUACUCUUUUAAGUUUUUGGGGCGAUUAUGGACUGUUUUAUAUGGAAUUCUGUACAGAAAGCUUAUACAUAUUUAAAGAUUUUUAAA